AUGGUUAACUCGAAAACGCUUGCUGGGUUUUCGUUUGUUGUAUCUGGUGUUGCCUUAAUAGCUUUAGCUAUUACUAUUCCAAGUUUAAUUAAUCUAGUUGAAAAUGCUAAGAAAGACGUUGACCAUUCGGUAUUAAUGCUAAAACUUGAAACUGACAAAGUUUGGGGUGAUUUGAUGACUAUACAAGUUCGAUACACUCCACCAACAAAACCACGUGAAAACCCGUUUAACUCCAUAUUCAGGCAAAAACGCCAGUAUGGCGGUGGCCUACCAUCAUGGUGCCAGUGUACUACACCAACGCUGAGUUGUCCUCCUGGUCCGGUAGGUCCGCCAGGUCCGCCUGGACAACCUGGGCAACGCGGAAUUCCGGGUCAACCCGGUGAAGGAGGAAGAAAUGGAGAAGCCGCACCACCAUGUGCUCAACCAGUCAGAGAUUGCGUUAAGUGUCCGCCUGGCCCUCCUGGUCAACCUGGAGAAAGAGGACAACCUGGGAAUCCGGGACCUGAUGGGCAGCCUGGUUCACCAGGAGGUGGCGGUGGAAAAGGAUUACCUGGCGAAUCGGGAAGACCAGGGGAAUCGGGGAGACCUGGUGAACCCGGACGCAGCGGAGAACCUGGUCGUCCUGGAAGCGAUGGUAGCCGAUCUUCAGCAGUUCCCGGCCCUAAAGGUCCUCCUGGGCAACAAGGCUCCCCUGGUCGUACAGGAGAGAAUGGUGCAGCAGGGCGGCCUGGUGAGCCCGGACGUGAUGGCCAACCAGGACAACCAGGCUCUCCUGGCUUACCUGGAAAUGACGGUUCGCCAGGAGUACCUGGUGCACCAGGAGUACCUGGUUCUGAUGCAGCAUAUUGUCCCUGCCCUCGCCGUUCUGCGUACUUCGUUAACCGUACAUAA